AUGUUAUUUAGUGCAUCAGAUAUAGCUAAUAUUCAUCAUAUUCCAUGUUUUCGGAAUGCAAUCUUAUAUGGUAUAGCAAGUGGAGUUAUAUUAGGUACCAUUCGUAUUAUUUUUCAUGUACCAAUCAUAAAGGCAUGCCAUACAUGUGUUAUUACAUUUUGUUGUAUUAGUAUUGUAUCUUGGGAAGGAUGUCGAUAUCAACGUUAUAUCGAAAAAAGAAAUAUAAAAAUGAGUGUUGAUAAUUAUCCAAAAGAAACAAAAAUAAUAUCAUGA